AGAGACGAUUGCUCGAAGCCGCUGAAGCCAUUGAUCGAUAGCUGAAACCUUUAUGUCAUAUGAACAACGGCUUGGUAACUGUGAUCAGUAACUCUGUGGCAAGGCGGUUCAGGUGCUUCAUGUUUCGUGGUUGACGUGAGUGUUUAUGUGCCAGGUAGCUCCAAAUAAUUGGUCAUGACGUCGGAAAGAAACUUCUCCGCGCGAGAGACCAGAGUCAUUGUAAAACGCCGCUUCAACGCAGAGAAAGAUGGACUUAAUUUGUCGAGGUAUAUGUUCACUGACAACAAAAAAUUUGCCAGAUGUGUUGACCAAGUAAAGCUGGGUCUUCAGAGUAUGAAAGCUAUGAUCAAGAUAGAAACAAAACACAAAACUAUACCCGCCAAGGUUCAACACAGAGCUUCGUUGCCCACAAGUAGUUCUCAGUAUGAGAAUUUUGAGAAGGAACAACUCCAUCAAGUCCAGGGUCAAAGUAGAAAGCAAUUCCGUCGAUUAAUGCCAAAAGUUGUAUUCACAAGAGGGUCACAAGAUGACCUGUUAGUCUUGAAAAUGGGGAUCGAAGAGGAGGAGAGCGCAAGCGCACGGCUUUUACGAGAGAUAGACGAAAAAAUUCAAGAUAUCGAAAUCAACAUGCUGUACGCAGUAGCCAACGAUGCUGGAUACAAGUUGGACUUCGAACGAAGAGAAUGGCGGCGGCCAGACGGACGACUUCUCUCGAUAUCGGAAUAUAGCGACCUCUACUUCCGACUUCUAGACCACAUUGUUCUGGCAGACGACACGUCCCGAAAGCAGACAGCCCUUUCUGCAGAAUUCGCGCUGAAUCUCCGAAUAUGGGUCUGCGUGUACUUCGAUUUAGAGCAACCCCUUAGCGAGUACCACCGUCGCCAGAGGUCCGCCAUAGAGAAUUUGGUUCUUCUUCUGUCCUGGAUAAAAUAUAUAGAAAAAGAGCAACUUACGGGAUACUCAAGAAAUGAAUAUGAGCGCGUCAUGUCUCAUCUGUGGACUCUUUUCCUGCGCGGCACAAUACGAAAGGAAAAGGCAAGAUGGCUGCUACAGGACAGAUUCAUGUGCGACGGAUGGCUUCAAAAUAUGCGUUGUUUCCUCUUCAGGCAGUGCACGGACAUUUAUAAUGAACUCUCGGACAAAAAGCUAAAACGACGUGUAUUGCCUACCAAGAGAGGAAAGCUUUGUGAAGAUAUAGCGGACCUAUUUGAUGUGUAUGCCUGCCGGGUCCAUUAUGGUGUUGUUAAACUCUUUCCAACCAAUGUCCUGGCCAAAUCCUUAUGGUUUGACUGGUUCUAAAACCAACUUACUUUCUCCGGGCAAAUAUUUUUUGUAAAAGGAUAAAACGACACCAAGUCGAAAUGUCUGGACAAAGCAAAAAUAAUUUUUUAAAAAAUCUGUUUUCUGUUUGACUGACAGCUCCUUGAAGGACUAACCGCAAACGUUAAUGGUUGAGCAAAUGACUUUUUCUAGGUGAUCGGUCACAUUAUGCUGAAUCCAUUUCACUGCUCUUCAAAAAGAUAAGCCUCACCAUGUUCCCUACCCGUCGCUAACCACUGAUAUUAAGCGAAAUAUAUCAGAAUUUGUCGACUAUUACCCAGGACUUGAUGUAUAGUAUAACGGAAUCGCUUCUACGCAAUCUGCUUUCAAUGCCCACGGCAAGUCAAACGCGCGUCAGGCGCAUGGUAUAUGGUCAUGGAAUGGGGAUGCUGCAGACCUUCCGCCUUAAUAGACAUUGCGUUAUGAUCUGGAUUAACAGCCCCUACGUUGUUACGGCUGCAGUGAGACAAAGACUGGUGUUGCACGUUAAAUUUUGAAAUCAAUGUUCCACGGCAUCAUGAGAAUGCAAUAAGACCAAAGGAACUGAAACCAUGUGUCUCCAAAUUGUCAAGUACGCACUCAACGUGGAAUUCUAGAUUUCACUUACUGUAAUUCAGAUAUACAGUCUUGUAUUCUGCAAGACAGUUUGCGAAAGGUCUACCCCCUACCAGGGUCACAGACGAAUUUUUCUGUAGAUAUUCACAGAUAUAUCUCUGGUUUAUUCACGACACGAUUCUCACGAUUGAGAAACGUGCUUUUAGUUAAUCUGCGGCCCUGGUAGAGGGUGUGAAAGGUCAGGCAUUCAGUUUUUUUCUCGUAUGUCCAGGGAUGCUACUUACUUUCAGAUGGACAGUGCUAUUAUAUUCGCCCAUCGUUGAUCUGUCCCAAACACAAACGUCCAAGGAGAAUGCAACAAGGUUAAACCAUGACGUGCUAGAAUGGAUGUAAACUAUAGCUUGCAGGUCUAUGUUUCUUGAGGAAAUUUUGGUGGAAUUUGGUGACGCUAUGAAAACUUUUGUUUUAUUUUUUUACUAUGCGGAAGUACGUUGUGGCUGCCUUUCCAAAAUGCAUUUAAGGUAUUAUAGGGUGCUAAUGUGUCGGUACAUCCGUAUCUUCCGUUCCGAAAUAUUUCAAGGGGGAACUAAAACAUUUUUUCAAUUUUCUAAUCUCAGAAACGGUCGCAUAGCUUAAGCUCCAUGAAACAGAAGGAACUAUAUGUCAAUCCGUUAUCUGUUGUGCCGCUCAGGCUGACAAAGUUCAUAAAUCAUUGUAAAUGCGAUUCUGAUGAAAACGAAAGCCACUGAACGUGUUCAAAACCUACAUGAUGCAUUAUGGAGGUUUUUGUGUUAAAAACAUUGUCGGUAUGCUUGGAAACGUGACAAAACAUAGGUAUGAGAAGUGGUGUUCUGAGAAAUAAGCAUUAGCGCCAAGAUACCUGCAGCUGUUGUUUUACUGCCUGUAUAGAAAUAAAGCUUUCAAACGAAACGCUUUCAUUUACUUUUUUCAAACUCUCUCUCUCAGGAGCUGAACGAAUUGGAAAAUGAAUUACAAGAAAGGGCAAAACAUUAAUACAUCUUUCUGUUAUCUUCUAAAUCAAAGCCAAAGAAAAAAAGAAAAUCAAUCAGUUUUGGCAUAAUUAUGAUACGUAUCAAGUAAGACAUUCACCAGACAUCACAAUGUAAAAUCGCCAUAUUAAAUCAAAAUAACAAAAAAUAUGGUGUAAU